AUAGCCUUGUUUACUCGCUGCAUCAAGGAGCACAGAGCCAAGCUAUGCGGACAGCCAUGGAGCACCAUUGCUCCAUCCUACUCGUGGCCUCCCUCCUCCUGCUUGCAUCUCCAGCAUGGACAUCGGCCUCCGCGGGAAGUGACGGCACCGACGCUGACCACCGUGCGCUCAUGCAGUUCCGGUCCCUCAUCACGGACGACCCAUCCGGGGCCUUGGCAUCAUGGGGCGGCGGCAACAUGACCGCGCCGGCGCCGUGCAGGUGGCACGGCGUCACGUGCGGGGUGCGCGGGCGCCGCCGCGGCCGCGUGACAGCGCUGGACCUCCGCGGGCUCGACCUAGCCAGCUCCGGCACCGCGGCUCCUUCAUCCCUCUCGAGCCUCACCUACCUUCGGCGACUUGACCUCUCCGGGAACCGCCUCGGCGGCGGCGUGCCCUCCCCGUUGCCACCCUCCCUCGAGCGCCUCAAUCUCAGCCACAACGCGCUGCAGGGGCCGGUGCCCGCGGCGCUGGGGUCACUGCACCGCCUCCAGGUGCUCAGUCUCGCCUACAACAACCUCACCGGAGCAAUCCCUGCCUCCCUUAGCAACCUCACCUCCCUCACCUCCCUCAGCCUCACCAGCAACAACCUCGCCGGCGCAAUACCUGCCUCCCUUGGCAACCUCACCUCCCUCACCAUCCUCGGCCUCGCCAGCAACAACCUUGCCGGCGCCAUCCCUGGCGCUCUCGGCAACCUCAAAGAUCUCACCGCCCUCUACCUCGGCCAGAACAUGCUCCAAGGAUCCAUACCUUCCACCCUCGGCAACCUCAAAGCUCUCACCGUCCUCUACCUCGGCAGCAACAUGCUCCAAGGAUCCAUACCUUCCGCCUUGUUUAACAUCUCCUCUCUCCAGAAACUUGGCGUGCAGAUCAACAACCUCACCGGGACUCUGCCCCCGAAUGGCAGGCUGCCCAGACUCACGUGGUUCGACGUUGACAACAACCGGCUACACGGUGCCAUCCCGCCGUCGCUCUGCAACCUCACCUCCCUCACCAUCCUCAGCCUCACCAGCAACAACCUCGCCGGCGCCAUCCCUGGCGCUCUCGGCAACCUCAAAGCUCUCACCGGCCUCUACCUCGACAACAACAUGCUCCAAGGAUCCAUACCUUCCACCGUGUUUAACAUCUCCUCUCUCCAGAAACUUGACGUGCAGAUGAACAACCUCACCGGGACUCUGCCCCCGAACGCCGGUGGCAGGCUGCCCAGACUCACGUCUUUCAACGUUGCCUCCAACCGGCUACACGGUGCCAUCCCGCCGUCGCUCUGCAACGCCUCCAAGCUGGAGUUGGCACAGAUGCUGAAUAAUUCCUUCUCCGGAGUCAUACCGAACUGCCUUGGAACUCACCUUAAGAACUUGUGGGCACUGACACUGGACUCCAACCAGCUGGAAGCAAAUGUUGAUGCUGACUGGGGAUUCAUGGAUAGUCUGACCAACUGCAGCAAUCUGAAGUACAUUGGCCUAUCUCAAAACAAGCUGGGAGGUGUGCUUCCUGGCUCGAUCGCAAACCUUUCGACGAGCAUGGAGGUCUUGAGCAUAUGGGGCAACAUGGUAAGCGGGCAAAUACCUCAGGAAAUCAGCAACCUUGUCAACCUGAACACCAUUGCUAUGAAUCUCAAUAAGCUUACUGGUAUUAUCCCUACCUCAAUUGGCAAACUUAACAAGCUGAGCAAGCUUAUCUUGUACGGCAACAAGCUAUCAGGGCAAAUCCCACCAACAAUUGGCAAUCUCACCGUGCUCACCGAAUUAUCCCUUGAUCACAACAUGCUCACGGGUCCCAUUCCUUCCAGUCUUGGUAGUUGCCCUUUGCAGACGCUGUCCCUGGAGCACAAUCGCCUUACUGGUCCAAUACCAAAAGAAGUUCUCCUCAUAUCCACGCUUUCCAUCUUCGUGAGUUUCCAAGGGAACAUGCUAGCUGGAUCGUUGCCAUCGGAAGUUGGUCACCUGAAAAAUCUUGUGACCCUUGAUGUGUCUGGAAAUAGGUUAACCGGGGAAAUCCCCAACUCUCUUGGCGAUUGCCAAAUCUUACAGUAUUGCUUUAUGAAAGGGAACAUGUUUCAAGGGAAAAUUCCAGAGUCAUUGGGACAACUGAAGGGCCUCUUGGUUCUUGAUCUUUCAAGAAACAACUUGUCUGGUCAUAUUCCAGACUUCUUUGGUAACGUGAAAGGUCUUCAACAACUGAAUAUCUCCUUCAAUAACUUUGAUGGUGAAGUCCCAAAGCAAGGAAUAUUUCUUAACGCCAGCGCGUUUUCAGUCGAGGGAAACUCUGGCCUCUGUGGAGGUAUUGCUCAGCUGAAAUUGCCACCUUGCUCAGAUAAUGGCAGCACUAGCAGCAAUAAGCGAUCACGCAAACUUGUCAUGAUAGUCUCUAUAGCCACUGCCUUUCUAGGAAUCUCCUUGCUCCUUGCACUAUGUGUAUUAUGUCAUCAAAGAAGGAAGUUGAUAAAGGCAGAACAUGCCUUACCACUCAUCAACGAUCAGUAUGCAAGGGUUUCAUAUGUCAACUUGAUGAAUGCAACAAAUAGUUUUGCUUCUGAAAACCUCAUAGGCAUUGGAAGCUUCGGCUCUGUUUACAAGGGAACAAUGAUAAGCCAUGACCAAGAAGUUGUUGUCGCUGUGAAGGUGCUCAACCUUCAGCAGCGAGGGGCGUCACAAAGUUUCAUUGCAGAAUGUGAGACUCUGAGAUGCGCUCGACAUCGGAACCUUGUGAAAAUCUUGACGGUGUGUUCAGGUAUUGAUUCCGGUGGCCUUGAUUUCAAAGCUAUUGUAUUUGAUUUCCUACCAAAUGGAAAUCUAGACCAGUGGCUACACCACCGUCUCAGGGAAUAUGGCACCCAUAGGAGGAUUGAUCUUGUCCAACGGAUAGACAUUGCCAUUCAUGUCGCUUCUGCACUCGAAUAUCUUCACCACUAUAAACCAACCCCGAUAGUUCAUUGUGAUCUCAAGCCAAGCAAUAUUCUCCUUGACAAUGACAUGGUUGCCCAUGUUGGUGAUUUUGGGCUCGCAAGAUUUGUGCAUCAAGACCAGACUAACCCCUCGGAUAUAUCAAGUGGUUGGGCUACAAGAAGGGGAACCAUUGGAUAUGCUCCUCCAGAGUAUGGACUGGGUAACGAAGUCUCAAUCUAUGGUGACAUGUACAGCUUCGGAGUACUAUUGUUGGAAAUUUUCACAGGAAAAAGACCAACAGAUAGCGACUUCGUGCAAGAUCUCAACCUUCAUAGGUACGUGCAAAUAGCACUGCAAGAUCAGCAAGUCACCAGUGUGGUAGACCAACAGUUACUGCCAGAGCAAGAUCCGGAACUCGAAGGGAGAACAAGCAGCUCCAGUAGCACCAGAGAAAUUAUAGUUGCCUGUGUUACUUCAAUUCUGCAUAUCGGAAUUCUGUGCUCGAAGGAACUUCCAACAGACCGCUUGCUGAUUGGUGAUGCCUUGAGAGAGCUUCACAGAAUCAAAGACAAUUAUAACCAGUUGCACUUAUUAGGUACAUAGAACUUUCUGAAACACAGGAUUUCCAUAUCCAGAAACAUUUUACAGUAUUCCGUGAUCAGAACAGAUACCAGGUCCUUGACUGCACUCAACCAAGUGCUGUGCUUUUUACUUUUAAAAAGACAUGAAACCAUAGGAUUGACGUUGCAUACACAAUGGACGCCAGUAUCGCAUCCACCUGCACAUCAGGGUCUAGAGUGCAUUGUUAGAUUAUCUUAAUAUAUGAUGUGGCCCAUGUAAUUAAAGAGAAUGAUUUUCAUAUGAAAAGAUCGCAGUGUGUGUUU